AUCAGCACACCAUGAGGGACUGUAUUAGAGGGCUGCAGCAUCAGGAAGGGUGAGAGCCAAUGGCCUACUUCUUUGUUUACCCACCAGUGAGCCAAUGAAUGAAACCAAGUCUCUGCCCUCACAGACCUGGCAGGCUGUGUCAUCAAGUCCAGUAUAGCACAGUCCAGCAAGGACCAGAAGAAACAGGGAUAGGGAAGGUCCAGGACCAGACAUGCUUUGGAGGAUGGACGAAGAGUUCUCUUCCGUGCCUGUGGCCCCUCUCUCACCUUGAUGUUGAAUCAAUAGCAGAUACAGAAGAAGAGCAGCUUUACAGUUUGAGGAACACCAGAUACAUAUCACAAUGUACUCAGCCAAACCAGGCUUGAAGGAGAUAUUAUUGCCUUGAGUACAAUUAUUUAAAGAAGGGGGAAAAAGGAAUUUUGAGGGGAAAAAAAACUUUCAACAUAAAAAAGAAACGAAUGUAGCAAAACAAAAUAUUUGUGGAAAAGAUGACUGAAAAAAACCAAAGCAACAACAAAACUGACACGGGGCAGGCAUGUAGCUCACUCAGUUGAUUGAGGGCUUCCCUAGCACUCAAAUGCAAUAACCAGCCCCACAUAAGCUGGGCAUCGCGGUGAUGCCUGUAACCUCAGUGUUCAAGAGGCAGAGACGGGAGAUAGGAAGUUCAAGGUCUUUCUCAGCCACUUUGCCAGUUUGUGGCCAGCAUGGACUAUAUGAGACCCUGUCUCAAAAAUAAAAACAAAACCAAAAAUAGGAUAGCGAGCCUGACAUGGUGGCUGGCACAUUCCUGUAAUCCUAACCCUUGGGGAACUAGGGAUCCAUGAGCAUGGGAGCUCCAGCCUGGGCUCACAAUAAAAGAGGAUAAUAAAAUGAAGCCUCCUUUCUCCCCCACCCCCAGUUCUAGAGAUGAGCCCAGGGCCUCCCCCAUGUUAGGCAAGGGCUGUAAAACUGAGCUAGAUCCCAUCAAGGGCAUUUUUCAAAACCAAUAAAAGACUUUGGCAAGCAUUAUCUACAACAAGCACAAAUAUGUAAGAGAGGGUGAGAAGCAAUGUCAGCGCCAACAACCAAUCCACAUGUGUUUAUUUCCUAGUACAUCUGAAAGCUAAGACAUAGACAGGAGUCUGCCCACUGGUUUCUAAACUUGAAAGGCACCAGACUCACUAGGUGGCUUGUUAGCCGGCUGCUCAACCCCACCCAGAGUUCCCGACCCCAGGAUCGAGAAUGCCAAGAAAUGGCCUUAGAAAAACAACAAGUGCCAAGUGCUGCUGACUUUGCUGAUCCAAAGACACCCUCCGCUCCACUGACCUAGACAAUGACCUCUCCCCACACCCCCAUCUACCAAUUUGCUUCCCUUCCUCCUUUCCCGGGGGCUGCCUAAAUACCCUCCUUUGUCCAAGAAAGAAUGGACCUGGAGCUUCUGAGUGGUGAGGCAGAGAAAGUCCUCACUGUGCUGGGCCCCAGACCAGUGCUUCCCACUGGACCUGCUCCAGACAGUGAGCUUGGUACUGUUUCUCUGGUACACACAAACUGAGGCACAAGGAUGCUCAACACAGUAAAAUGAGAUGUUUCUACACAUACCCCAGAGGCACUACUGGCCAUGCCCCCCAUGUCCUGGUCAUCUCAUACCAUUGGACCCUUGUGCUACAGUCUGUUCGGCGGUUUUCCAGCUCCUGGAAGUGUCCAGGCCUGGAACCCAAGGCUCUGGGCAGGCAGGAAAGUAGAUGUGAAGCACCCUCCAGUCUGACCAUCAAUUCCUCAGUGAAAGCCCUGUCCUCACUGGGUGAGUGGGUAUUUAGUGCCCACCCCGCCACACAGAGUUCUCAAGGACAAGAGAGUCACCUCUGUCCUUAAAGGUGCUAUUAUAUAAUCCAGAGUGUGGAGCCGUGCAAAAUUUCUUAUGGGCGCUUCCAGGGAUCCUGUCUCCCUGGAAGCGCUAUUGCUCCCAUGGCCGCCCAGUGGGUGGCUAGAACCCUCUCUGUUUUACAAAUAAAGCAAAGGAGACUGGAUGGGGGGCAGUGGGAGCCAAAAGCGGGAGCUCCAGCAGCAGCCUGCUUUAGAAGAGAGAGCCUCCCCGACCCUCGACCCUCACGCCCAGAGCCAGCACAAUGGUAUCUCUCCUAUCUAAGGGUCCUUGGCCAGGGCCAGGGCAUCCUGCACUUGUCAACCUCAACAUUUCCAGGCCUCCCUGUCCCAACCCAGCACAGUGGUUCUGCCAGAGCCAGCAAGCUGCCCAAUGUCACACAACUGGCAGGUGACCUAACUGCCCACUAGAGCCUGAGUCAUCCUGAUUGUUGAGAGCAAGGAGACUGACUAGGGAAUCAAGCCCCUGCUGCCUCCUGCCUGUGCUCUGACCCCACUGGGGAAGAAAUCCACCUGUCCAAGAUACCUCUGCAAAUAAAAAACUACCAACAAAAUGAACACUUACCACCUACCAUAAACAUAUGCUGGGUGUGGGGGUGGGAAGGGAGCCGAGCGAUGUGCUGUACCUACUAAGUGUAGGGCUCUAUGCUCUUAGCACUCUCAAUAUCUCUCUCACAGUGCUCGAAUACACAGUGCACGCUUUGCCCCAUUUUACAAAUAAAAACCUAAAGUCUCAAAUGAAUUUCAAACUUACUGAGCUAUAAAGUGGCCCGCCCAAACCUACACACAACUUCUGACCAACAUCACAGACAUGGCUUGGGGCUUUCAUAGUCAGGAAACCAGAGGAAGAGGCCUUGCCGCGAGUGUAGCGCUCAGAGUUUACAGCCAACGACUUUACAAUCGGCCGCUAAGAAAUGACUCUGGGUCUCACCCAGACCGAGAGAAAGGUGACCACUCCCCAUGUGGUGCUGGCCACGGUGUUACCGGGCUAGUGUGGACAGUCCCGAAGGCGACAGCAGAUCCUAGGGUGGUCAGCGUCUGGACUGAACUGCAGCCGGUAGGAGCUCGCUGCUCAAAUUUCCAAAGGAAAUUUCUCCAUCUGCUCUAGAUGGGAACCGCCCCCUUAUGUGCCACUAACGACUGAGGUCCCCAAACCUGCUGCACCUCGGAGGGGUCCCAAACCAGCGACCAUGGCCCUAACUAUCCCGCAACGAAUUUCAAGGGGCUGAAUCCCAGUUCCCCACCAGUUGACCUCGGGUCCCUAGUCCAACCGGGCCCGUACGCGUGGGCACCUGCUAGUCACCGCUCAGUCCUCCUGGCUGGGACCAGGAAGCAUCUCCAAAGUGCCCGCGACGCCUCGUUGGAAGCCCGGGCGAGGACAAAUUCUCCCCACGCGGGUCGGUGUCCUAGGUGGCGUGGAGAACGCUCCGGUGCUCCCCUUGUUCCACGGGUGGACAGCGCCGAGCUUGCACCCCACAAUGCUACGCUUUCGUUGCUCCGAAGGAGGGCGAACGGCCCGAUAGGCUUCCGCAGAUUUCGUAGGACCGUUCUUGGGUUGCAUCUCUGCUGUGGCUGAAGAUUCAUUUUGUUUGGGGUUUACGCAGAUGAAAAUAUUUAGAAGACAACGAAAACCCCCGCGGCAAAAGGCCAUUUCCCCAGCAGCGCCUACGGGCGGGUGCGGCGGCGGGAAACGGCCGAGCCCGGAGCGGGGAGCGUCUGCUAAUUGCAGCUUCGUUAGAUUUCGGGUUUGAGAAGCUGCGGUUCGGGCGCUAAUAUCCGCCGCCCAUUAUCCCGGCUAAUAAAUUUGACCUAUUGUUCGUUUGUUAAAAUGAUGUCACCUUGGAACAGUCCCUAAGCUCCUAUUUCCAUGAAUUAGGCCUUUAUUGAAAGCCGGGAGCCAAUGAGAGAAGAGAGGCUUGUUGAUCGCAGCCAAUGGCUGCGGCGGGAGAGGAAUUAGCAGCGGAAACUCCAGGUUCGGUUCAAGAAAGAUGACACAGAGCCUGUCGGGCCCGCGCACUCUUGGCAAAGUUUCAGUGCGACUGGAGGCGCCGGGCGCUCCAUGGCCGCGCCGUAACGGGGACCCAGCAGCCUCCCCGCCCAGCCCAGCCCAGCCCUUCCGCCCGCCCAGGAUGGAGGCGCCCGCCAGCGCGCAGACCCCACACCCGCACGAGCCCAUCAGCUUCGGCAUCGACCAAAUCCUCAACAGCCCGGACCAGGACAGCGCGCCCGCCCCGCGGGGCCCCGACGGCGCCAGCUACCUGGGAGGGCCCCCCGGGGGCCGUCCGGGCGCCGCGUACCCGUCUCUGCCCGCCUCCUUUGCGGGCCUCGGCGCGCCCUUCGAGGACGCGGGAUCUUACAGUGUCAACCUAAGCUUGGCCCCCGCCGGCGUGAUCCGGGUGCCAGCGCACAGGCCGCUCCCUGGGGCCGUGCCGCCGCCUCUGCCUAGCGCGCUGCCCGCUAUGCCCUCGGUGCCCACGGUCUCCAGCCUAGGCGGCCUCAAUUUCCCCUGGAUGGAGAGCAGUCGCCGCUUUGUAAAGGACCGCUUCACAGCGGCGGCCGCGCUCACGCCCUUCACCGUGACCCGGCGCAUUGGCCACCCCUACCAGAACCGGACGCCACCCAAGCGUAAGAAGCCGCGCACGUCCUUUUCCCGGGUGCAGAUCUGUGAGCUGGAAAAGCGCUUCCAUCGCCAAAAGUACCUGGCCUCGGCCGAGAGGGCGGCGCUCGCAAAGUCCCUCAAAAUGACGGACGCGCAGGUCAAGACCUGGUUCCAAAAUCGGAGGACCAAGUGGCGGCGGCAGACGGCGGAGGAGCGGGAGGCGGAGCGGCAGCAGGCGAGCCGGCUCAUGCUACAGCUGCAACACGACGCCUUCCAGAAGAGCCUCAACGAUUCCAUCCAGCCCGACCCGCUCUGUCUGCACAACUCGUCGCUCUUUGCUCUGCAGAAUCUGCAGCCCUGGGAGGAGGACAGUUCCAAGGUCCCCGCUGUCACCUCUCUGGUGUGAGCCACCGGCGUGCAACGUAGCUACGGAUCGCUGCCCCCACCAGGCGGGGCGUCCGGGUCCCCCAGCCGGGCUGGGAAGGGAAGCUGGGCCGAGAAGGGUAGGGCGGCCCGACUCGCGUGGGUCUUGGGGCGCGCCGCACAGCGCCGGCCGCGGAGAGGGGCUGGGCCCAGGUCCUCGCGGCUGCACAAUCCAAGCCCCCCGCCCCGCGCCCCGUCCCGCCCCAGGCCCGGGCCUGACAAAGAAGCGCCUUACGUUACUCCGCCCCGCACCCGCACCCCCGGGCUGGGCGCCUGUAUUAUACUUUGUACUUUUGCCCAAACGUGUAAAUAAUAAAAGUUUUGGCUUUUUUCUUUAGAAACCGGCCACCUGCUUCCCCUGCGGGGCCGCUGGAGGAGGGGCAACCGACCCGGCGUCUGGGGGAAGCGUGUGGGGCCGGGGGCACCCAGCGUUUAGGCUGGGUGCACGCCUCUCCUUUUCCGUUCCUUUUAUUUAAGUCGUUUUAUUUAAUAAAAAGUUAGCUAUUUCACUUAA